CGCACUUCUGCUGAGUUGGCAUAAGGUAAAUUCUCUUUUCUCCUUCAGCCUGAAGGUGGAUGCAUGAAGAGACAGCUGCACGGACUGUCUUCUUGGAAAAGAUACAUCAGGUCCAGCAGCCCAACAUUGGCCCCUGGACUGCUUUGGUGUGCAAUUGAGGAGGAUGACUCCUGUGAGUGAUGGGGGCUCAACACAGAGCGUCUUUGACCUGGACUAUGCUUCCUGGAAGAUUCGCUCGACGCUGGCAGUCGCAGGCUUUGUCUUCUACCUGGGCGUCUUUGUAGUCUGCCAUCAGCUCUCAUCCUCACUGAAUGCCACCUAUCGUUCUCUGGCAGCCAGAGAGAAGGUCUUCUGGGACCUGGCAGCCACACGUGCCGUCUUUGGUGUCCAGAGCACAGCUGCAGGCCUGUGGGCUCUGCUGGGGGACUCAGUGCUGCAAGCUGACAAGGCGCUCGGCCAACAGAGCUGGUGCUGGUUUCAUAUCACCACAGCCACCGGCUUCUUCUUCUUUGAAAAUGUGGCUGUCCACCUUUCCAACCUGUUCUUCCAGACUUUUGACUUGUUUUUGGUUGUCCACCACCUCUUUGCCUUUCUUGGAUUCCUUGGCUCUGCUGCCAAUCUCAGAGCUGGCCACUAUCUCGCCAUGACCACGUUGCUCCUGGAGAUGAGUACCCCCUUUACCUGCAUUUCUUGGAUGCUCCUCAAGGCCGGCUGCUCUGCCACUCUGCUCUGGAAGCUCAACCAGUGGGUGAUGAUUCACAUGUUUCACUGCCGCAUGGUCCUCACCUACCACAUGUGGUGGGUGUGUUUCUGGCACUGGGACAGCCUGAUCAGCAGCCUGUACCUGCCUCACUUUGCAUUGUUCCUUGUUGGGUUGGCUCUGCUCACACUACUUCUUAAUCCCUAUUGGACCCACAAGAAGACCCAGCAGCUUCUGAAUCCGGUAGAUUGGAACUUUGCACAGCCAGAGCCCAAGAGCAGCCGACCAGAAAGGACCAAUGGCCAGGUGCUGCAGAAGAAGAGGCUGUAGUGCCUGGGGACAUGGACAGUGAUGCCAGCAGAGGAGGACACCCUGCGAAGCUCUGCAAAUAGUGAUUGUUUUAAAAAUAAGGUAGUGAAUGGGCACAGACCCAAGCGAAUACUAACUCUGUUUACUGGUGUUAACUCUCAAGCAGCCACAAAGUAUUAUCCAGACCUGAUUCACCCUUAGGAGCAGAUCUCUGUCUAGAUUUCCUUGACAGUCAGUGUAGCAUGGGGAGGCUGUCUGAAACUUGAAGGGACUUCACAAGGAAGUGCCCCAUCGGGUGUGGUCGACUCUGUGUGUCUUAUUCAGAAGUCAUGUUCUUUUUAGAUGGAAAGGGUUAACCUAAGAAAAUAAUGUGAUUUCUUUUUUUUUUUUAACCCUUGUCAAAACCUCCCAGCAUAUGGACUGUUAAACCCGGUGUGCAGCAGUGCCAUCUAGUGGCACCCAAGGUAGCAGCAGCCUCAGGAGCAGAGCCCCUUGGAGCUUGCCCACCUUGAUGUGGGCGUGGACCUGAAAUCUUACGCUUUUUUAAAAUGAAGGGACCUAUUUUAAAAAGAGGAAGUUUUAUUGACAUUUUACUGUUUAGUUGACAAAAAUGCUUAGCAAUCAUCUUAAUCCAGGUUUUAGAGCCAUUUUUAAUUGAGUUGCCCAGGGGUGCCCAGACUAGAUCCCAAUUCCUCAGUUGGUGUUUCUCUGUAGACUUCAUUGAAAGGCAGUGGUGACUUUCCCAACGAGCUUCGAGUGGUCCUGGAUCCAGAGAUGCUUAGAACAGACCUCCGGCAGCCCUGGUCGGCCACUACCUGGUGACGGGCCCCGUGACGCUCUUUUCAUUGCAUUGGGCUGGGUAGAAUUAUGCAUCAACUUAGCAGUGGUAGUGGAGACAUGCAAAAGUCCUAUUUACUGUUUCAAUUGAAAUUCAAAGUUUAUUUUUAUUAGAAGCACUUUUGGAAAAGUGUUUGCUGAAACAUGUUUUAUUGCUCCCAGAAUCGUGUGACUUGUACUGCUGUGUCUCCUGGAGCUCUCAGAAGGGCACAUUUUGAUUACUAGUGCUUUAACUUUAUUGAUUACAAUUAGAUCAAGAUGUAUAGUACUCAUUUAUCUCAUUCUUAGAAGUUAUUUAAACUGUGUCCUCUGAGAUUAUCAGCUGAAAGCCCCAUGGUCCUGAAGAGCUCCGAAGAGCACUUCCUGUGGAAUCAGCAGCAGCUGGUGGUUUUCAGCUGGGCAGGGGUUUA